AUGUAUCUCUUCCCGGCAAACUGUUUCCAGUGUUCUAUGCUGCGGUUGGUGUUCCAGAACCAAUAUGGUUAUUACAUCGGCAACGCUGUGGUGCCCAGCUUGCUCAUGGCCACCAUCUGUUACCUCACCUUCUUCUUCGACCUCGACGACUUUACGGAUCGUAUUAUGGUCUCGCUGACGUCCCUGCUGGUGCUGGCCGCGCUCUUCACACAGACCAGUCAGUCCAUCCCUAAGACCGCCUACCUCAAGCUUAUCGACAUUUGGUACGUCACCCUCAUCAUCACUGACUUCCUCAUCAUCGUAAUGCUUGUGUUCAUCGAGAAUCAAAGGAUGCAAGAAAAACGGUCUGGAGACUCGUCUAAUUUUGUAUAUAAGAGCGCACAUAAGAUCAUGCCCGUAGAACCCAACACUCUGUCUACUGUACCUAACCCAGCCGCCAGUAUUUUCAAUUCUCAAAACAAGGGAUUAAUGUCAGCCCAAAAGUUAAAUGGAGUGUCACAAGUAUCGUUCCCUGUGUUGGCAACAGCUGGAUGUUUCUGCUGGAUCCUUAUUCAUCUCCAAUCGUCUACGACUUCCCAUAAUAUUUAGUG